AUGUCCAACAACUUCCACCUCCACUUGAAACGUCUCCCUCCCACUUAUUUCGUCCAGUACUAUCCCCUGGAACAUCGCAAACUCCUGCAAUAUCUACCAGAAGUAAAAAAACCGAAUAAGCCUCCCCCUACCAUGUCCAGAACACUAUUGAACAGCAUCGAAGAACUUCCAGGCGAUGCCCUCUUCGCCAUUAAACAGCGUUUGGCAGAGGAUCCAAGAGACGUCAAGGUCGACUUGGGUAUUGGCGCUUACAGAGACAAUAAUGGCAAGCCAUGGGUGCUACCGGCAGUUCGCAAGGCAGAAACUUUGAUCCACGCAGACCCAUCUUUCAACCACGAGUACUUGGGCAUCAACGGUCUUCCGGGCCUAACUUCUGGUGCAGCCCGCAUUCUAUUGGGCGAAACCUCUAAUGCGCUAGCUGAGAAACGUGUUGUUUCAGCACAAUCGCUUUCUGGUACCGGUGCUUUGCACAUCGCUGCCAAAUUCAUCAGCAAGUUCUUCCCGGAGAAGGUGAUCUACUUGUCUGACCCUACUUGGGCCAACCACGUCUCGAUCUUCGAGUCCCAGGGACUCAAGACCGCUACGUAUCCAUACUGGGAUGCUGCUACCAAGUCCUUGAACUUGGAGGGCUUCCUAAAGGCUAUCGAGGAAAGUCCAAGAGGAUCGGUAUUCGUUUUACACGCUUGUGCGCAUAACCCAACCGGAUUGGACCCAAGCGAGUCUGAAUGGGUGCAGAUCUUGGAUGCAUGUGUCAAGAACGAUAUUGUGCCAUUGUUCGAUUCCGCUUACCAAGGUUUCGCAUCGGGAAGCUUGGAUAAAGAUGCAUAUGCUGUUAGACUAGGUGUUUCUAAAUUUGCCGAGUCCGCACCAAUCUUUAUUUGCCAGUCUUUUGCUAAGAACGUUGGCAUGUACGGUGAACGUUGUGGGUGUAUCCAUAUCGUGCUUCCAAGACCAGAAACUGGGUCCAGCGGCCGUGAUGUGCCUCAAAUCGCGAAGGCUAUUACGUCCCAGCUAAGUAAGAUUACGAGAUCCGAGGUUUCGAACCCUCCAGCGUACGGUGCCAAGAUCGUCUCCAAGAUUUUGAACGACGAGCAGUUGACUGCCCAAUGGCACGAGGAUAUGAUUACGAUGUCGCAAAGAAUCACCAAGAUGAGACACUCAUUGCGUGACAAGUUGGUCGAGCUAGGUACCCCGGGCAACUGGGACCAUAUCGUCAACCAAUGCGGUAUGUUCUCCUACACGGGUCUCACAAAGCAAAUGGUGGAAAGACUAGAAUCGGAACACGCAGUGUACAUGGUUGCUAGCGGGAGAGCUUCCAUUGCUGGUUUGAACGACAACAACGUCGAACACGUCGCCAAGGCAAUCGACGAAGUGGUUCGUCACUUCCAAUCGUCUUCUUCCUCCAAACUAUAA